AUGGACAUUAACAUAGACGAUAUCCUUGCAGAACUAGAUAAGGAAACUACUGCUGUCGACCCUACCAACAUCACCCAAGUUUCUUCUUCUACUACCCACAGAGAUGCAAAUACAAUAGUGGAUUCGUCAUUAGACUUGAAUGGCAAGACUCAAAUAUAUGUCACUCCGCAACAGGAUUUUGCCGACUUGAUGAAGUCUUGGAAAAACGAGCGGUGCUCGCCAGAAUUGUUGCCAUAUCCUCAUCAGCUGAUGAAAAGAUUACUGAAUCGAAUAUCCAUGCAGUCUCAAUUAAUUGAGAACAUAUCAAUGGGGUUCCUCGAUAUGCAAAGUACGUCCAAUACGAAUUCGCCCAUGCCUAACGACUCUAAAUUGCCUUUGCUUUGCAUGGAAACUGAGUUAGAAAGAUUGAAAUUUGUUAUUAGAAGUUACAUACGAUGUAGGCUCAGCAAAAUUGACAAAUUCUCACUUUAUUUGCGACAAUUGAAUGAAGAUGAAAAUUCGCUGACCUCCCUCACAGACUUGCUAUCCAAAGAUGAAAUUAAAUACCAUGACUCGCAUUCCCUGAUCUGGUUGAAACUCGUCAAUGAUUCCAUACUAAAAUACAUGCCCGAAGAACUGCAGGCUAUUAAUGAUACCGAAGGAAGCGUAAACAUGAUAGAUGAACCAGACUGGAACAAAUUUGUUUUUAUACACGUCAACGGCCCACCAGAUGGUAACUGGAACGAGGACCCGUUAUUACAAGAAAACGAAUUUGGUAAGCCCUGCUACACGGUCACGAUUGCUGAUUUGAAAGAAGAGGUUGAACUCACCGUCGGAAGUAUUUAUGUUAUGAGAUAUGAAGUCAUUAGGGAUUUGUUAAGAGACGACAAAGUUGCUCUUAUUUGA